CUGUAUCUGAUAAUUCCAGGAUUGUAUCUUCAUUUGGGAAAGAUUUUGAUUCUUUUGUUUGGGGGGUUGGAGAAGCUGUGAUGGUCUGCUUCUUUGAGUGGUUUGAUAUGGAUUGUUGUCUCCGAGCCAUCUCUAGGAAACUAGUUUUUCCAGAAAAUCUGCUAAAAAAAAAAUGCAGUCAGAUCCCUAACAGAGUUCUCCCUCUGGCUCAGGCUAUUCGGAUGUUAAUGAAGCCGCCUGGGGAGGGUGGAGGAGGGGACAGAGAGAUAGGAGAGUAGCACCUCAGAAUAUAGCCAGAGUUGCUUGUCUUGCUUGGAAUGACUAGUAUAUCUGAGAUUCCCGCGGGCGUGUCGCCUAUGUGUGCUGGCUGUGUGGAGAUUGCCCCCGGGGGGUCUGGCCCGCUGGAGUCACGGUCAGAUCCUCCGCUUCCAGCCCCACGCCCAGCGUCAAGGCUCCCCUGCUGGGACGGUGCACUCUCGACUCCAAAAUCAGUCGCUGCCUUCCGGGGACUUCUCAUCCCGCCAGCCGCAUUGCCGUGUCGCCUCCGCGAACCGUUUGGGCCCCCUCCCGGGGUUAGUUCAGGUGGGUGGAGCAGCUCCCCGUGGUUGUGCCGUGACCGAGUGUCCCGGCUGGGAUGCUGUUCUCCCCGCUCCAAUACCAGUCGCUGCCUCCCGGGGACUUCUCCUACCGGUUGCAUCCCACGCCGCCUGCCCGAACCAGCUGGGCCCCCUCCCGGGGUUAGUUCAGGGGGGUGGAGCAGCUCUCCGUGUUUAUGCCGUACCUGCGUCCAGUCCAAAUCCCGGCAGAACGGUUCCCCAGCUGGGACACUGCUCUCCCCGUUCCAAGACCAGUCACUGCCUCCCGGGGACUUCUCCUACCGGCUGCGUCCCACGCCGCCCGCGGAACCGGCUGGUCCUCCUCCCGGGGUUAGUUCAGGGGGGUGGAGCAGCUCUCUGUGCUUGUGCCGUACCUGACUGGUAUGCUGGCUUCAGGCUCUGAAAACAAUCGCUGCUUCCCUGUAUUAGUUCGUUCUCCGUCUCUAAAUCUGUGUUUGUUGUUCAGGGUUCGUAGAUUGUUAUGUAUGUGAUCGAUUCACUUGUUUUUCCGUGUCUUUGUUGUAAGAGGGCUCCGAGGUAGCGUCUGCCUCGUCUGCCGUCUUGGCUCCACCUCCUCUAUUUCUAGCUUUUUAAGGAAGCACCAAAUUGAUUUCCAAAGUGGUUGUACCGUUUUACAUUCUGUGGUCUAUUUCUUGACAGCUGCUUCCAUGGGUGUUGAUUGUGGAUCCACGUAAACUGAAGUCUUUGAUAACUUCAAUCUUUUCCCCCUUUAUCACGAUAUUGCUUAUUGGUCCAGUUGUGAGGGUUUUUGUUUUCUUUAUGUUGAGGUGUAAUCCACACUGAGGGCUGUGGUCUUUGAUCUUUAUCAGUAAGAGCUUCAGGGCCUCUCCACUUUCAGCAAGGAAGGUUGUUUCAUCUGCAUAAUGCAGGUUGUUAAUGAGUCUUCCUCCAAUCCCAAAGCCCCAUUCUUCUUCCUACAGUCCAGCAUCUCGAAUUAUAACAAUUAUGGUACCAAUUAUAAACAACAAUGUUUAUAGCAACAUUAUUCACAAUAGACGAAAGGUGGAAACAACUGAAAUGGCCACUGAGGUGGUUAAUGUUAUGUGUCAACUUGACUAGGCGAUGAUUCUCAGUGCUUUGGCAGCCACUAUGUAAUCACUUUUCAUUUUAUGAUCUGAUGUGAGCAGCCAAUCAGUUGAAAGGGGAGUUUCCUUAGGCAUGAGGCCUGCCUCCACAGUAUAUAAAUGUAUGUCCUGGCAAUGCUCUCAUUCUUUCUCAGCCCUGCACUCUUUUCAUUGCCGGACCUCGUUCUUGGGACAAAAGCCUGCAGAAGGCUCUGUCCUGUUGCUGACCGGCAGAAUUUUUUUUCACCAACCCUUGCAACCUCAUGAGCCAGCAGAAGCCUCUAGCCUGCCACCUGACCUACAGGUUUUGGGUUUUUCAGCCCCUGCAACCAUAUGAGCCAGCAGAGGUCUUCAGCCUAUCAUCUGGCCCAUGUAUUUGGGACUUGCCAGCCCUAACAAUUUGUCAACCAUUUCCUCAGAAUAGCAUGAGCUAUUUCCUUGAAGUAAAUUUCUCUGUCUGUAUUUAUAUACACUUCACUAGUUUUCUCCUCUGGAGAGCCCGAACUAAGACAUCCAUCAACAGAGGAACAGAUAAAGAAAAUGUGGUAUAUACAUAGGUUGCUAACUGAAAGUUUGGUGGUUGGAACCCACCCAACAGCUCUGUGGGAGAAAGAUACGGUAAUCUGUUUUCAUAGGGACUAUAGCCAAGAAAAACCACAUGGGGUUGUUCUACUCUGUCACAUGGGGUUGCUAUGAGUUAAAAUAUACUGAUGGUAUUCAACAACAACAAGAUAUAUGCACAAUGAAGUAUUAUUCAGUUAUACAGAGAAAUGAAGUUCUGAUACAUGCCACCACAUGGGUAAACCUUGAAAACUAAGUGAAAUAAGCCAGACAGAAAAGGUCAAAUACUGUAUGAUUCUAAAAUUGUGAAAUAUCUAGAAUAGGCAAAUCCACAGAGCCAAAAGAAGAUUGGUGGUUAUGAGGGGCAUGGGAAAAAAAAAAAAAAAAAAAAAAACACUCUGCAUAGCUGCAGCCAGUGCAACAUAGAAGCCAGGAGCAGAUGACCCAGUAAGCAAGUGUCAUGAAUUGAAUUGUGUCCCCCAAAAUAUCUGUCACCUUGGCUAGGCCAUGCUUCCCAAUAUUCUGUUGCUGUCCACGAUUUUGUCAUCUGAUGUAAUUUUCGUAUGUGUUAUAAAUCCUACCUCUCUUGUGUUAAUGAGGCAGGAUUAGAGGUAGUUAUGUUAAUGAGUCAGGAGUCAAUCUACAAGAUUAGAUUGUAUCUUGAGUCAAAGUCGUUUGAGAUAUAAAGGAGAGAAGGGAGCAAAGAGACAUGGGAGCCUCAUACCAUCAACAAAGUAGUGCCAGCAGCACCUGGGAUUCCUACAUUAAGAAGCUCCUAGACCAGGGAAGAUUGAUAACAAGGACCUUCCUCCAGAGCUGAGAGAGUGAGAGAAAGCCUUCCCCUGGAGCUGGCACCCUGAAUUUGGACUUCUACUUCAUAGACUGUGAGAGAAUAAAUUUCUCUUUGUAAAAACCAUCCACUUGUGGUAUUUAUGUUAUAGCAGCACUAGAUAACCAAUUCAGCAUGGUAAGAAAGGGUUAGUCCAGCAUAGGAACUGUCUAGGCAAGCGUGCAUCUGCCCCAUGGUGGAAUCACUUUUCAAUGUGUAUCUCUAAUGACAAUGACUCCCUCCCAAAGGAAAGACUGAGCUAGUCAUGGUGACCUGGGCCAGAAUGCCAUUGUUGCAGAUAACAUGGAAGUAGAAGGGUGCACUCAGUGAAAGAGAAGUUUGGACAGCCCAAGGAGCCAGCCCAGGGUGGACACAAGGAGGCAUCAGUAUCUUGUUGAGCCCACAAGGGAGUGACUUUCUGGAGAGGGCUCAGUCUCAUAGGCGUGUGACCUGUGCUCAGGAGCACCUGUGCUUGGUUUAAUGCACUACAGUUACCAACCUGAAAUUUGAACAGUGUGCCCCAAAAGUUAUGCAUCUUGUCCUGUUCUGGAAGAAUCUAUCCUUAUCAGAACUUGGGACCAGAAAUGACUUUGAAGCAAAGCCUGAACAUGAACUACAGAAUAUCAUAAAGACGAGGCUAAAGUCCAUGGCAGUCUCUGAACAGAGUAGCAGAAGUCUAGGACCUUCAGCCUUCAGACAUGGCCAGAUCUGAGGCCAGGUCACAGCUCCCUCCUGUCCCAUGGUAGCAGGCCCUGGGGGGCAGAUGUUAUCUUAAACCAUGCUGGUAUUGCUAAGGCUUACCUGUACAUUUAUGCUUUGGACAAUUGCAAGUCUCCAUGGGGUAGAUGUAACAUCCUCAACCAAUCCUUCUGUUGUCUUCAAGUCUUGAGUUCAGGGUCCCUCCAGGUAUUACUGUAUUUGAAAGCCGAGUCUUUAAGCAAUGUCUUCCUUGGACAUUACAGGAAGAUCCUGGCAUGGAAUAUGAACACAACCAGGGAGCCUACCUAUUUAGAGAAAGUAUGCUUUUUUUGGAUGUGCUCCAUGUUACCCUUCACUGGGAAGAAAGAGUUUUAAGAGCCACCAAACUGUCCCAACCAGCAGCAGGUUACAGUUGGGGUCUAGGGCACCAAUGAUGCCUCAGAGCUCAGCUACAGCCUGGUAGAAAGAACAUGGCUCACAGAGAAGUAGGAGAUGAUGGCAUGACGGAGGUGCCCACAUAUUUGCUUUAGGAAUUAGAUGAAAAAUAAGAGAGUGGACUAGAAUACUCCCCAGAGACGGCAGCUGGGUCAGAUGAGUUUUUCCAAGAUGUGGGUGGAGUGGGGUCGAUCUCCCUAGGUGGAGGCAGAAGGGCCGCCGGAGAAUGGGGUGAAAGUUUAGAUUGAUUGUGUAAUGAUUAACUUAAGGAGGAUACUCUGUCUUCCAAUUAAAUUCCAUUUUGCUAAGUGGCUUGGUGAUAAGAUAACAUGAAGGAAACUUAUGUAGUAGGCGCGGCCUGUAGGGAAAGCCAGUGGCUUUGGCUUCUGCUGAGAUGGCUGCUGGACUCUGGGUUGCCCUGUCUGCACUCAGGGUGCUGUUUCUCUUGCUGUGUGUUGAGCCCUGGGCUGAGGGUGGGAAGGUGCUGGUGGUGCCCAUGGAGGGCAGCCACUGGCUCAGCAUGAGAAAGGCUGUGCAGGAGCUCCAAGCCAGGGGGCACCAGACAGUUGUCCUCGCACCUGAGGUGAAUAUGCACAUCAAAGGAGAAGACUUCUUCACCCUGAAAACCUACGCCAUUCCGUACACCCAGGAGGAAUUUGAAGACAUCUUCCUGCGCCAGAGUCACUUGAUUUUUGAAAGUGAACAUUUCCUGAAGACAUUUCUUAAAACAAUCAUCAUUUUGCAAAAUGUGUCUGCAUUCUAUCAAAGGUCUUGUGCAAGUCUUUUGUAUAACAAGGAUCUGAUCAGGUAUCUGAAUGAUAGUUCCUUUGAUGUGGUUUUAACUGACCCUGUUCAUCCUUGUGGGACAGUGCUGGCUGAGUACCUGUCAGUUCCUGCUGUGUAUUUUUUGCGUAGCAUUCCAUGUGAAUUGGAUUUUGAGGGCACACAAUGCCCAAAUCCAUCUUCAUAUAUUCCUAGGUUGUUAACAAGGAAUUCAGACCACAUGACAUUUCUGCAAAGGGUCAAGAAUGUGCUCUACCCUCUGGCCCUGCAGUACAUUUGCAGCACUUCUUUUGCUCCUUUUGCAAGCCUUGCUUCUGAGCUCUUUCAGAGAGAGGUGUCCGUGGUGGAUAUUUUCAGCUAUGGAUCUGUGUGGCUGUUCAGAGGAGACUUCGUGAUGGACUACCCCAGGCCAAUCAUGCCCAACAUGGUCUUCAUUGGAGGCGUAAACUGUGCCAACAGAAAGCCACUCUCUCAGGUUUGUAUUGAUCCCCUUACUCAAGCAGUGUUCCAGAUGUAAGAAAUUUUU